CUCUUGUCACCCCCGCUUCCUUAUAAUAAACCCUAUUGACGUCAUCAUGUCUUCUGCCCAGCAGCGUCUUUCUCAGGUGGCCUCCCACUUCGGCCCUGGCGGCAAGAAGGGAGUCGAUGCCCUCACCGAAAAGCACCCCGAUGAUAUUGUUGUGACCUGCGCUCUGCGCACGGCCCUGACCAAGGGUGGACGCGGUGGUUUCAAGGACACGGCUGCCGCGGACUUGCUAGCUGGUGUAUUCAAGGCUGUCAUCGACCGCAGCGGUAUCGAUCCCAGCCUGGUGAACGAUAUCUCCGUCGGCUCGGUUCUUCCCCCUGGUGGUGGUGCGACAGAGUUCCGGGCUGCCGCCCUGGUGGCGGGCUUCCCCGAGUCGACUGCCGUCAAGAGUCUCAACCGUCAGUGCUCCAGCGGUCUCCAGGCGAUUGUCGAUGUUGCCAAUGCGGUGAAGUCUGGUAUGAUUGAUGUUGGUAUCGGUGCGGGUGUUGAAAGCAUGUCCUCUCAAUAUGGCCCUGGUGCCGUGACCGAGUUCUCCGAGCUUCUGGAGAGCCACCCUGAAUCAGCCAACUGCAAGGUCCCCAUGGGGGUCUUGUCCGAGCAGAUGGCCAAGGACCGCAAGAUCACUCGUGCCGCUCAAGACUCCUUCGCUGCCUCGUCGUACCAAAAGGCCGUCAAGGCCCAGAAGGCCGGUCUCUUCAACGAGGAGAUCGUCCCUCUGGAGGUCAAAUGGACCAACCCCAAGACGGGCGAAGAACAGACCAUCACAGUCAAGGCGGACGAUGGCAUCCGCGACGGCCAGACCGCCGAGUCCUUGGGCAAGAUCCGUCCUGCCUUUGCCAAGGACGGGUCCAUCCACGCCGGCAAUGCCUCUCAGAUCUCCGACGGCGCGGCCGCAGUACUGCUGAUGAAGCGCUCCACGGCAGAGCGCCUCGGCCAGAAGAUCAUCGGCAAGUACGUGACUGCCAGCGUGGUCGGUGUCAAGCCGCUGCUCAUGGGCAUUGGCCCGUGGAAGGCGAUUCCGGUGGCGCUGGAGAAGGCGGGCAUCACCAAGGAUGAUGUGGACAUCUACGAGAUCAACGAGGCAUUCGCAUCGCAGUGCGUGUGGUGUAUCAACGAGCUGGGCCUGCCCCAAGAGAAGAUCAACCCCAAGGGUGGCGCGAUCGCAUUCGGCCACCCGCUGGGCUGCACAGGCUCUCGACAGGUCAGCACGCUACUGACGGAGCUGAAGCGGACGAACAAGAAGAUCGGCGUGAGCAGUAUGUGCGUGGGGACAGGAAUGGGCAUGGCCGCCGUGUGGGUGGCGGAGUAGUGGCUAGAAUGUGAUCUAGAUUUCUUUCUGAGCGAUGUAUUCUCACAGUACAGUAUAUACCACGAAAUUGAUCCUAUACCUAUACAGUC